AGGAUAUUUUUCUGCAUUUCGGUGACAAUAUUUACACUCUCAAUACCAACAUUUCUGGUGCACGAAAUCGUCCCAUUCGAACCGUAUAUCAACGAUACGGCGUUCACAGUCCUCGAUGUUAACGAUACUUAUUAUACGGUCGGUUUGAUACCGCAAGCCACGCAGCACUCGUGUCGACUCUUCAAAGCUAAUCUUUGGGUAACGGGAAUUGUUUUUAAGGUGAUCCCAUGCCUUUUACUGUUUUGGUUUACGGUGGCUUUGAUGCAUAAACUGAGUGAAACGAAUCGAAAACGAAUAUAUUUAUUAGGCGAAAAGAAGAAGAAAAUGGCGAUAGAUAAAACGACGCUAAUGUUGAUCAUUAUGCUGUUCGUGUUUCUGUGCACCGAGCUGCCUCAAGGUGCUCUAGCGAUUCUGAACGCGAUCUACACGUCCGACGUGCACACCUAUAUCUAUAUGAAUGUUGGUGAACUGUUGGAUUUAUUGUCAUUAAUCAAUUGUAAUAUUGGCUUCGUGCUCUAUUGUUGUAUGUCGUCUCGAUAUCGUGUCACAUUCAGACGUACUUUUUGGCUGCCGGUCUCUACGGCUGCCUCAGCACUAUCUGUUAACUUCAGAAAACUGUCUAUCUCAGUACCAUAG